GAAAGGAAGCGACGGGGGAGCGAAGAGAGGCAAAUCUCCAAGCUAAGGGCCAUGGCUCGUGGGCAGCAGAAGAUCCAGUCCCAGCAGAAGAACGCAAAGAAGGCAGCAGAGAAGAAGAAGGCGCAGGGCGCCGACCAGAAGACUGCUGCUAAGGCGGCUCUGGUCCACACAUGUCCAGUUUGCCGGACGCAGAUGCCUGACCCCAAAACAUUCAAGCAGCACUUUGAAAGCAAACACCCCAAGUCCCCCAUGCCGCCUGAGCUGGUUGAUGUACAGGCGUGAAAGGACCACUAGCCGGAUUGGACCUAAAGUUGGAAACACAGUGACCAUGAAAUGAAUGUUGAAACACAGACUCAAGACUGAAUGAUGCUGGCGAACACUGGGACCCACGGGGAACAAUGGACUAAAUUGUUGGGAAGGGGGUGUAUGUGUGUGUGUGUGUGUGUGUGUGUGAGAGAGACAGCCAGGGGGGCAUGACCUGGAUGAAGGGGGAGAGGUACACCAGCAACCCAGCUGUUAUAUCUAUUUUUUGUAAUAUUGUGCACAACUACCCUUCCUCUUCUGGGAUGGUGGGGGGAGUGUCAGAGGAAGCAGGAGCAGUAAGUUUGCCUGCUAAGCCAAAAGGAGGUGAUGUUUAAGUAAAUUUCAGACUACUAUAAUUCUCUGCUGAGGACAAAUAUUGCAGAACAAUUGGACUAUUGUUUACAGAGAGCAUUAAUAUGAAUAAGUAACUUUCAAAAGUAUUUUAAUGUCUCCCAGUACUUGGCAAGCCAAUGUCUGGAUUUGCUUUCUUGCUGACACUCCGUGGUCCGCAGUGUUGCGUCGAUGGCACAUUCAAGCCCCCCUUCAUUAUGGAAUUCCUCACCCUCAGUCACAACGUUAUGGGACGGCUGCUUUAUGAAAAUAAAAAUGGGAGUUAUUUUGUACAUUAAUACAAACCUGUAAGUGUUGAAUUACACUGACCCUCUAGCCAAUGGGAGACCCCCUUGAAUGACCUGAAUACUAUAGGCCGGGGGGGGGGGGACGACUCCCUGAGAAUCAGAUAGAGAGAUGUGUGGUGUGUUUUUUCCCAAAUGAGCCCACAGCUCGGCCUCCUCUGUGCUGCUCCGCCUCAGGUGUCCACAUUCAGCGAUACCCAAACAGUACCUCAUGAUCCACCACACGGCUAACAAGUGUUCUGGCGUGUUGCUGAUUUAGCUUUCUCUUCAUAAUGCUACUUCCAUUGGACUUGAGGUUCCCCCAAAACCAUCAUGGCACUGAGAUCGUUGUUUUACUGAAGUCUGCGAGUUUGUUGUAUUCAGACAAGGAGAAAACUCGGCCGGUGUUUUGUUUUUUUUGUUUGUUUUUUUUUUCAACUUAAAUAUGUGCUUAUCCAUGAGUCCAGCUGUUUUUUGUUGUUUUUUUAUGUCUAGUGUGUUAAGGAAUUGUAAGCAGCCCCAAGGACUGAAUUCAAGAUUCUGGUUAAAUGCCAAAACAUUGUUUCCGUUUUGAUUUUCAUAUUUGCUGACAUAAAACGAUUGCUUUGACUGUUUUUUUUUCCUUUUUAUCCUUUUCAAUAAAUUGAGCAAUGUAUUUAAAGAGAUACUUUCAUGCUGUUUCUGAGCACAUUUUUAACAUGGGUGGUUUGAAUCGCAACCGAAAGGUAGGUGUGGUUUUACGAUUUCAUAGCUAUUGGCUACUGAAAUUCAGGGCGGUCGUGUGGGUUAUGGCUGGGUGGGCUAAACACUGGGGCUAAACCGCUUGCCGUAGAAAAAGGGAGAAAUUCACUGGUGACACCCCCCCUCCUGCUCUGUCGUCACUUUACAAAAAAAAAAAAGGCGAGCAAUGAGACCACCGACAGCAGCUUUGAGGUUGAGGAUGUGGAAGACGAUUCCUCUUAGUGGAAGUUGACUACUCCCCUCACG